CACACAGCACUCACUGGUCUUCCAGUUCUCGCUUCACUCUCUCACUGUCUUAAUUUCCCUUCCGUUUGAGCUCGAGAGCAAACACAAAAAAACACCAAAAAAAGAAGCUUGUUUUUUUGAUUAAUCAAGCUGUGCUUUUGUGUUUGUGUUUGUGUUUGUGUUUGGGGUUGAAUUAACGAUGGCUGUUGUGGGCGUUGUGGGGGCUGAGGUGCUGAUCCCUCUGGCGGCGCUGAUCGGCAUCGCCUUUGCCGUUUUCCAGUGGUUUGUUGUGUCCAGGGUGAAAGUCCCCGCCGCCGCCGCCGCCGCCUCUGCCGUUGCCGCUGCCGCUGCCGCCGAGGAGGACGCCGCCAAGGCCCGGCUGAGGACGGCGGAGAGCGAGGUGGCGGAGGUUGUGGAGGAUAGUGAAGAAGCCGGCGUCGACUAUGGGCGCGUGGAGGCCAAGUGCGCCCAGAUCCAGGACGCAAUCUCCAUCGGCGCCACCUCCUUCCUCCUCACCGAGUACAGGUACCUGGCGGUGUUCACGGCGGCAUUCGCGGCGGUGAUCUUCGUGUUCCUGGGCUCGGCAGCAAAGUUCAGCACCCAGCCCAGCCCAUGCCCGUCAGACCCAUCCCGGACCUGCAAGCCCACCCUGGCCAACGCCGGCUUCAGCACGCUGGCGUUUCUCCUGGGCGCGCUCACCUCCGUCAUGUCGGGCUACGUGGGCAUGCGCGUGGCAACCUACGCCAACGCGCGCACGGCCCUCGAGGCCCGCCGCGGCGUGGGCCUGGCCUUCGUCGUCGCCUUCCGCUCCGGCGCCGCCAUGGGCUUCAUGCUCGCCUCCAGCGCCCUGCUCGUGCUGUACAUCGCCGUGAACCUCUUUGGGGUUUAUUAUGGGGAUGACUGGGAAGGGCUGUAUGAGGCCAUUACUGGGUACGGGCUUGGCGGGUCUUCCAUGGCCCUGUUUGGGAGAGUUGGAGGUGGCAUUUACACCAAGGCUGCCGAUGUCGGCGCCGAUCUCGUCGGCAAGGUCGAGCGCAACAUCCCCGAGGACGACCCUCGCAACCCCGCCGUGAUUGCGGACAACGUUGGGGACAAUGUGGGCGACAUAGCGGGGAUGGGGUCGGACCUGUUCGGAUCCUACGCCGAGUCCUCGUGCGCGGCGCUCUUCGUGGCCUCGAUUUCUUCGUUCGGAGUGGAGCACAACAUGGCGGCCAUGAUGUACCCGCUGCUCAUCAGCGCCAUGGGGAUUGUUGUGUGCAUGGUUACCACCUUUGUGGCCACUGACUUUGUGGAGGUGAAGGAAGUCAGGGAUGUCGGGCCGGCGCUCAAGCGGCAGAUCCUUGUUUCCACCGUGCUUAUGACUGCUGGCAUUGCUGCUGUUAGCUUCCUUGUCCUGCCCCACAGAUUCACUCUCUUCGAUUUCGGCCGUGUCAAGGUCGUCAGGAACUGGGAGCUUUUCAUCUGUGUGUCAGCCGGGCUGUGGGCAGGCCUCAUCAUCGGCUACGUCACCGAGUACUUCACCAGCAACGCCUACAGGCCAGUGCAGUCAGUGGCGAACUCAUGCCGAACCGGCGCCGCAACAAACGUGAUCUUCGGCCUGGCAGUAGGCUACAAAUCAGUAAUCAUCCCGAUCUUCGCCAUCGCAUCCGCCAUCUACGCGAGCUUCCGCCUGGCAUCCUCCUACGGCAUAGCUCUCUCAGCUCUCGGGAUGCUGAGCACGAUCGCCACGGGGCUGACCAUCGACGCCUACGGGCCCAUCAGCGACAACGCCGGCGGCAUCGCGGAGAUGUCCGGCAUGCCGCCCAACGUCCGGGAGCGCACGGACGCGCUCGACGCCGCCGGCAACACGACGGCCGCCAUCGGCAAAGGGUUCGCCAUCGGGUCCGCCGCGCUGGUUUCUCUCGCGCUGUUCGGCGCCUACGUGAGCCGCGCCGGCGUGCGCGCCGUGGACGCGCUCAGCCCCAAGGUGUACGUGGGCUUGCUCGUCGGCGCCAUGCUCCCCUACUGGUUCUCCGCCAUGACCAUGCGGAGCGUCGGGAGCGCCGCGCUCAAGAUGGUGGAGGAGGUCAGGCGGCAGUUCGAGGUGAUCCCGGGGUUAAUGGAGGGGAACGCCGUGCCGGACUAUGCGACGUGCGUCAAGAUCUCGACGGACGCUUCGUUGAGGGAGAUGGUGGCGCCGGGGGCGCUGGUGGUGCUCAGCCCGCUUGUGGCCGGGACGCUGUUUGGGACCGAGGCUCUCGCCGGGCUGCUGGCCGGCGCGCUCGUGUCCGGCGUCCAGGUGGCGAUAUCGGCGUCCAACAGCGGUGGCGCAUGGGACAAUGCGAAGAAGUAUAUUGAGGCUGGAGCUUCGGAGAAGGCGAGGGCGUUGGGGCCGAAAGGUUCCGACGCUCAUAAGGCGGCGGUCAUCGGAGACACCAUUGGGGAUCCCCUCAAGGACACCUCCGGACCGUCGCUUAAUAUUCUUAUUAAGCUUAUGGCCGUCGAGGCGCUGGUCUUUGCGCCGUUCUUCGCUGCCCAUGGCGGCGUAGUGUUCAACCACCUCUGAGUUUUGAGGUGUGUUUCCGGCCGCCGGCGUUAGUGACCCAGCCCUUUUAGGAACUAGUUUUAAUAAAUAAGACAAAUCGUCUCUGGGCUGGGAGCGACUCGAUCCUGUGUGUCAGCCGGCUGGUUGUGUUUUAAUUUUCCAAUUUCAGACAUUUUGUCAUGAUAGUGCUGCCGCAGCAGACUCUCUUAAAUCCUAAUGUAAUGCAGCAUUUCAUGAUUUGGUUCA